AUGGUUCACUCCUUUGAAUCUAGCCCAGAGGGGAAAAAGUUCCGUUCACGAACAGAACUUGAGAGAUACGUUGAGGACGCUGGCAUAAAUGUUGACCCUCAGUCUAUAGACUUUACUGUGCGAGGUAAAAAGUACUCAGUCGACAGUAAACCAAAAUCAGAGAAAAAGAAAAUAAAACCAGCACUUAGCUUAACUAUUAAAGACAAUAAAAGUGAGAAAAAGUUGUUCCCUAGUCCAAAAAAGGAAUUGAAACAGUUAAAAAGUAGUCCAAAAAAGACCAAUAAAACCCUGUCCCAGAAAUUAGUGGUUAAAAUGAAGUUUGCCCCUCCAUUCAAAAUGACUAAGACUAAUGGUAAAAGGAAGAAAUCAGUGUCACUUGAUGAGGAGGAGGAAGCGGAAUCAAAUGCAACGGCUGUGACGGAAAAUGAACAUUCUGACAUAGAAGAUGAUUUAGUGAAAAUAAAACAACCACCACCACAGCCCCUAUUGGAAACAAAGAAACAAAAAGUGAAAAAAUCAAAGACUAAAGAUUCAAGUGGUUUGAAUGACACUGAUCCAGACUUAACAAGUCCGCCUUCAAAAAAGAGAAAAAUAAGCACUGACACAAAAAUUGAGAUAAAAUAG